AUGGCGGGUCUCUUCGAUCUCACGGACAAGACCGUAGUCGCGACAGGGGCAACCAGGGGCAUCGGCCAAUCUAUGACAAUAGGUCUAGCCGAAUUAGGAGCCGACGUUAUCAGCCUACAGAGGGACUUGAGCAACACGGAAACGCAAAACAAGGUGCUGGCUCUUGGCCGCAAAUUCACAGCAAUCCACUGCGAUGUAUCCAACAACACCAAGGUUCUCCAAGCUAUGCGGGAAGCCUUGGCAUUGACCCGGGUGGAUAUUCUAUUGAAUGCGGCUGGCUUACAGCGGCGGUCCCCGGCCCAAGACCUCUCGUACGAGGCAUACGAGGAAGUCAUGGACGCUAAUCUCUCCGCCAUCUUUACGACUUGUCAAGAAGCCGGGAGGUACUGGCUCGACAAGGGCCAGCAAGGCGUCAUCAUCAAUGUAGCCUCCGUCGUCGCUGUGCAAGGAGGUGUCAAUAUGGCGGCCUAUGCCGCCAGCAAAGGUGGUGUGCUGCAACUGACGAGAGCAUUGAGCAACGAGUGGGCCGGCCGAGGCAUUCGAGUGAAUUGUGUCUCCCCAGGGUAUGUGAAUGUUGUCCCAUCGAAUCGGGUUGCAUGCUUAUUCGCAAAAAGCGAAAUUGCUACAGAUAUCAACAAGGACGUUCGAACAGAGCCCGAGUAUCGGGAGCACUACGACUUUCUCACCAAGCGCAUUCCAAUGGGCAGGUGGGGGGUGGCCGACGAUUUCAAGGGCGUAGCUGUCUUCAUGGCCAGCAAAGCGAGUUGUUACAUGUCGGGAGAAAAUCUUGUCAUCGAUGGGGGUUGGCUGGCAAGAUGA